AUGAUAAAAGGGAUGUGUUCAAUAAUAAAGGGACAGAGAUACAGUAUAGAAAAACAAGCUCAGACACAGAUCACUCACAGGGGCUGACAUCCACGUGAAGCGAUCAUAACGUGCACACGAGACUGGAGAUAGAUAAGCAUAGAUACUGUACAGAACAGAGAAUGGGAGACGGAGAGAGAUUCCCCAGGUCAGCAAUGCAGAUUGACCUGGACUGUUUCUUUGUGUCUGAGGAGUUUGGAUUCAUCCUGGAGCAGCCAGCAACAGACCUUCCAGAUUACUACCGGGUAUGGAUGGGCUUGGCCAGCAACCUCACACCCCUCAUCCAAACACAUCAGCUGCGAGACCUGGUCAACGAGAUGCCCGUGCUGAGUCCCCAUCACCUAAAGGGCCAUCGGGAGCUGAGGCUGGCUCAUCUGGCCCUGGGCUUCAUCACCAUGGGGUAUGUCUGGCAGGAGGGGCAAAACCUGCCGGCCCAGACUCUACCAAAAUCCCUGGCUCUGCCCUACUGGCUCGUCUCCAAGAGACUCGGCCUGCCUCCCAUCCUGACCUAUGCAGACUCUGUUCUGGUCAACUGGAGACUCAAGGACCCUAUAGGGGACAUGGAAAUUGGGAACUUGGAAACACUGUUCUCAUUCCCUGGGGGAGAAAGCUGUAAAGGGUUCUUCCUGGUCUCUCUUUUGGUGGAGAGGGCUGCUAGCUCAGGGAUACAGGGGGCAUUUUCAGUGAUGAAUGCUGUGGUAACCUGUGACAUCAUCAGCAUACAGAAGGGCCUCUACAAAGUGGGCCAGUCUCUGAGGAAGAUGAAGGAAAUAUUUGAGCUCAUGCACAGGUACGUGGACCCCACUGCAUUCCAUGGAACUCUGAGAAUCUUCUUCUCAGGAUGGAGGGAUAACCCCAUGCUUCCAGGAGGGCUGCUGUAUGAGGGUGUGGUUGAGGAGCCGAUGAUGCUGUCAGGAGGAAGUGCUGCCCAGAGUUCCUCCAUUCAGUGCUUUGAUGUGCUACUGGGCAUCUGUCAUGACGACCAUGCAGCAUCUUUCCUGAAGCGCAUGCGGGAGUACAUGCUCCCCUCCCACCGCCAGCUGAUAGAGACUCUGUCUGGCUGUCCCCCUCUACGUGACUUUAUUCUAUCCUGCUCCAGCCCCUCUCUCUGCAUCAACUAUGACUCCUGUGUGUCUGCCCUGGUGAACCUGCGGAGUUACCACCUCUCCGCCGUGACCCGAUACAUCACUGUACCUGGUCACCGCGCCCGUACCAUGCGCUGUCCACUCAACGGCGUCGGCUCAGCGUUGGAUGAAACCGGCACCGGAGGGUCCAGCCCACUGCCCUUCCUGAAGAGCAUCCGUGAUGCCACUCAGAGAGCACUGAUCUCACAGACCCGACUCACAUCACAGAGUCAAUGCUGAUAUAGAUCACCAUCUUUUGGUUACUUAUACAGCAUAUGUUCCAUCAACAUGGUGUUGUAUCAAACUGUCGCUGCUCUGCAAUUCACAUAGUAUACCAUAGAAUAAUUUCAGCACACCUUUCAUAAUUUUGUUGGUUGUAUAUACAGUAUAUAUCAUUAUGCUUGACUAUAAUAUUUGUGAUUUCUAAACUUCAGUUUUCUUGCUGUGGCAAACACUACAUAAUUAUUGUAAAUAAUACUCAAACUAGUUGAAAAUUGGGUUCUGGCGAGGGCCGGCCCACUUCCAACACUGCCUAGUGCGUUUUAGUUUGAUGAUCUAUUUGACUAGGAAUAACCAAGCAAAUAAUGUAGAGCAGGGGUGUCAAAGUCAUUCCAUGGAGGGCCGAGUAACUGCAGGGUUUUUCUCUUCUUUCAAUUAAGAUCUAGACAACCAGGUGAGGGGAGUUCCUUAGUAAUUAGUGACCUUAAUUCAUCAAUCAAGUACAAGGGAGGAGCGAAAACCCACAGACACUCGGCCCUCCACAGAAUGAGCUUGACACGUGAUAUAGAGCUAUCAACUAAGCCAUCACAGCUAAGUGCUUUAUAUGCCAGUUGUUUAUGAUCUAACAACACAACUUUAUGGUUGUGGAAAAUGUACAUCCCAAUCUCCAUACUAGCAUACAAGACAAAUACAGAUGUAGGAUAUUCAUUUGAGCCAGUUUCCUUCAGCAGGAAAAUAAUCCUGCAAGCAACAGGAAAUGUGAAUUAUUAUGUCGAAUACAUUUUGAUGAAGUUGAUACAUUUUUCUUUAGGGUGAAUCAAGUCUGACAUUUAAAGUGGAAAUUACAAACUUUUGAAUUCUUUCAAUUUUGCAUUUCCUGCUGUGCAUAAAAAUUCUCAGCAACAAAAAUAGUGAUCAAAUGAAGAUCCUACAUCUGUAUACGGUAUAUAGACAUCUUAAAACAUUGAUGCUUUGGUGAUAGUGGUGGUUUCUGUGAUAGGUAUUGAAUUGUAAAACACUUUGCCUUGUAACCUUCAUUGUGGAACUCCAACUCUACCCAAAGUAUAUCUUAAACCUGCCAGCAAUUGUAGCAGUUGUAGCCUUGUAGCUCAGUUGGUAGAGCAUGGUGUUUGCAUGGUGUUUGCAACGCCAGGGUUGUGGGUUCGAUUCCCACGGGGGGCCAGCACAGAAAAAGAAAUUAUGAAAUGUAUGCAUUCACUACUGUAAGUCGCUCUGGAUAAGAGUGUCUGCUAAAUGACUAAAAAUGUAAAUGUAAGCAGUUAUAGGGUUCAUGGUUUAAAGGAUUCUAUGCUUGAGUAGGAACCCUCAGACAUGAAGUGUGAUGUUGGCUGGCUUACAGUAGAUAAACCACAUGGACUUACCAGCCAUGCUUUUGUAUGGGGUCUCAAAUGGCCCAAAAACAUGAUGGUUGUUCACUGAUGUCUUUUAUGGUUAUCUGUCUGUAGUAGUGGCCACAGUACUGGGUCGGGUUGGUAAAAGGGAUUGAAAGUGGAUGGUCCUGUGAUGUGCACAGGACACUUAACAUGAAAGGACCUCGCUGAUGCCAUAGCAAAUCCUUCACUGAUGUGGUAAACUGCAGUAGGCUACAUGCCUCAGCAUUGCCUCACAUUUCAACUUGAAACAUCAGUAUGCAGUUUGAGAGGGCUCCCUUAUCAAGUAGCUUUUAUGACUAGAUAUCCCAAUAGUGGAUAGAGUAAGUAUUGGCAGAAAUGCCAUCCUCGCCUGGCUUUAACCACCAUGGGGAUGUGGAUAAUGAGAAGGCCCUUACAUUGUUCUAUAAAGGGAGAUUUUCUAUUCCAUCAAAUUUUUCCUGGAAAGUUGACACGUACAAAAGCACAGUUAAACUCAUACACUAUAAAUAUCCUUAGGGACCUGAGCCACAGAUCCUUAGGCAGCUGAGCCACUGAGCUUGCGUCAAUUAUCCAACCUAUUUCACCAUAGUAACCGUGGUUUCACUGUAGCUCGGGGACAUUGCUCCACAACCCGGAAGUGAGGGAUGAAGCAAUAUAGGGAGGGAGGUAGAGAGAGGGAAAUUACACCGUUGAAUUCAGGUGUCCAAGCAGACAGUAUCUUGGCAGCAGGUGGCAGGCUGGAAACUGUCAAACCUCAGGGCACGCCAGUAGUGUCCCUGCCAGAGAGUGAGCCAAUCACAUUUAGAGAAAGAGAGGGCGAAAGAGUUCUGAGAGUGACUGGGCAGACCUCUACACAAUCCUACACUGCAGCUGAGCCCUGGUCAUAGUACAAGUAUUUCUCAACAAGACAGGGAAGAGAGCAUAGAUUAAGAAAUGUACUGUACCAUGCUGAUGUACCUACCGGUUCUCAGAUGGUCCAACUUUUUAUGUUGCAUCAAUAUUGCUUUGUAUGAAAUUGUCGCUGCCCUGCAAUUCACAUAGUAUACCACAGAAUAAUUUCAGCACACCUUUCAUAAUUAUAUUGGUUUUAUUGAAAAUGCAUUUUGUGUGAGGUAAAAACAGUACAAAAUGCAUAAUAUUGCACAUGAUCAAUGAAUUGCACUUCCUUAAGGUAUCGCUAUGUGUCUGUCUUUCACUAUGCUACAGCCAAUUAAUGAAAGACUUGGUAACCCAGUCGACAAGAACAGAUGUGUGAUUGAAUCACAUGAUGUCUGUGUGACAUUUUUAAUGUGAGAUUGAAAUGAUUGUCCAUAAACUAAUGGUGCAGUAAGUGGAUCGUUUUAGUGGCUACAUCAACUGAAUCUCUCUGCUACCAAAGUCACUAUUUAUCACUGGUCUAGAAAUAUAAAGAUUGCAAGUUCAGUGCAUGGAUUGCUUUUCCUGGGUGGUGAGUUGAUUUCACCCCUAACAUAAUCAUAUAGGAGAUGGUAAUCAAAGGCGUUUGGUGCUGAUCGGUGUUGAUCAAAACGAUUGGUGAGUUGCAGAAUUAUAGCAUCAUGUGACUGACCAUGUGGUCUGUGAUGAGGAUCAAUUGAGCCAAGUGUGUUAGAAUGUGAAAUACAUAUCGCAGAGAGAAUAGUGAUGAAUUUCAUAAUGUCUUUACAGUACAUUUCCUUGCUGUGGGUGAGAAUAAGUUAGUGCGAUGUUAGCCAGUACGUAAGUUAAAGACACGGAAAGCUUUAUGCAUGUGACAUGAUAAAGAAGUUGCAAAAUAUGCUGAUAUUCAAGAAAAGCAUUUAAGGUAUUUUUUUUAUAAAAUAGUCUGCUGCAGGUUGAAUAACACAGUAAUAAAACAUAUCAAUAUACUUUAAUAUGUUAAAAAUAA